AUGCCCGGAGGUGUCACCGUUCGCGAUGUCGAUGCUCACAAGUUCGUCGCGGCGUACGCGGCUUUCUUGAAGCGCCAGGGCAAGCUCCCUGUGCCCGGUUGGGUCGAUACCGUCAAGACUGGGCCGGCCAAGGAGAUGCCCCCUCAGGACAUCGACUGGUACUACGUCCGUGCUGCUUCGGUCGCUCGCCACGUCUACCUGAGGAAAACCGUCGGUGUUGGCCGUCUCCGCAAGGUCCAUGGCAGCGCGAAGAACCGCGGCUCGCGCCCCUCGCACCACGUCGAUGCCAGCGGCUCUGUCGACCGCAAGGUUCUGCAGUCGCUCGAGAAGAUCCAGGUUCUGGAGCAGGAUGAGGAGAAGGGUGGCCGUCGCAUCACCCAACAAGGCCAGCGUGAUCUUGACCGUAUCGCGCAAACGGUCGCUGAGGCUGAUGAAGAGGAGGAGGAGGAUGACGAGUAG